GGUGGUUUGUGUGAGGGUGGAAUCGAUUUUUCUGUUGACCACGGGUCUGACAUUGUAUGCUCAAUUGUCCUCAAUUCUUAGUGCGCCACAGAAAGACAAACAAACCGGAGUUGUCCUCAGUGAAAAAGUGAAAAAAUGGCGGAAAAUGUGAGAGUUAUUGUUCGUUGUCGUCCGCCAAAUUCACGUGAAAAUGCCGCCAAAAUUGUGGUUCACAUGGAAGAGUGUACAGUUAACCUAGAACAUGCAACGGAUGCUGCAGCUCCAGUAAAACAAUUUCGUUUCGACGGUGUCUACGGUCCAGAAAUCGCUACUGAAGUUCUCUACAAUGACGUCUGCUUCCCUAUCGUCGAAGGCUGUCUAGAGGGUUUCAAUGGGACAAUCUUUGCCUACGGACAGACAGGCUGUGGAAAGAGUUUUACAAUGGGUGGAACCGGUGGUCAAAGAGGAGUUAUAUCCAGGGCACUUGAGCACAUAUUUGAGGCUACUCUUGCAGCUGACUCAGAUACAAAGUAUCUCCUUUUGGUGAGCUACCUAGAGAUAUAUAAUGACACUAUCAGGGAUCUUCUGGCACCACAAACUACACCUGGGGGCCUUCAGUUGCGGGAGACGCCCUCUGGUGAAGUCACCGUCAGUUCCUUAACACGUCAUGCCGUCCGAAGUCCCGCUGAAUGCGAGGAGCUUCUCAAUCGUGGUGCUGCAGCUCGAAUUGUAGGUGCCACACUUAUGAAUGCUGCCAGUAGUCGCAGUCACAGUGUCUUCACCAUUUGCCUGGAACGAAUGCGUGGCCAGGCCAUCCACCGAGGGAAACUCAAUCUAGUGGACUUAGCAGGUAGCGAACGACAACAACGAACAGGGGCUACGGGAAAUCGCCUCAAAGAAGCGACGAAAAUCAAUUUAAGCCUCGCUGCUCUUGGGAAUGUCAUCAGUGCUCUGGCCACUGAUGCAGCUCCCAAGCAUGUACCCUAUCGCGAUUCCAAAUUAACGAGACUGCUGCAGGACUCGCUCGGAGGCAAUACCCGAACUCUCAUGAUAGCCUGCGUAGCUCCAUGUUGGCAGGACUAUGAGGAAACCCUCUCCACACUCAGGUAUGCAUCGCGCGCUAAGCGCAUUGCCAAUAGACCAAAACUCAACGAGGAUCCCAAGGAUACCAUGCUACGGCAGUACAGGGAGGAGAUUGAUCGCCUACGUGCAAUGGUAGAUCAAGGUGAUGGAGGUGCCAAGUUGGCAGCCCUGGAAGCUGAACGGGAUGCUUUAGCAAGGGAUAUUGAAGGCCUACGAGGUCUUUUAGUGGCUGGAAAAGCCGAUGAGGGUGUUCGCGAGAAACGAAGGGAGCGUCAGGCUGUUGCUAGGCGUCGUCAAGCAGACCUAGAAGCUGCUUUGGCGGCAAUUGAAGAGGGAGAAGCCCGUGACGUCAUACACAGUCACUACGAGAACAUCGAAGUAGAACUGCAAGCCAGUAGGGAAGCCCUAAAACAUCGAAAACUCCGGAUUAGAGCCCUUCAGCGCGAAAUUAAUGAUCUACAUGCGGAAUUUCAACUCGAUCGCGCAGACUAUUUGGAGACAAUUCGUCGGCUAGAACGGACAAUAAAACUACACGAACAAUUGCUUAAAGAAGCAGCACCAUCUCUCCGGAAAGAUGGUAGACAGUGGGAUAUGGAAGCCAUUAAAGCAAAUGCAGUAUGGUGCGAAGAUGGCGCUCGAUGGCAAUUACCGCAGGAAUUACUGCAGCGUUUGAAAUUGCCACCGGCAGAACGAUGUGCUUCGGCUCAGGGAACUCCAAUGCCACCAUCAUCGCCUCCACUUGAUCCACUUCGGCUGAAACUGCAGCGAAGCGAUGGCGCCACCAUCGCUGAAACCUAUUUCAGACCAAGACGAGCAGCUGAACUGCUACGAGCGCCACGCGAAGCUUGGCACGAAAACAGACGAUGGCCAGCUGUCAAAGAGAUCUGGACGCCUCACACAAGGUGAAGUGAUUUAUUUUCUGGUUUAUUGGUUUUGUAUUUUUAAAAAAAGAUACAUUGGGCUUCAAAAAAUAUAUCUCUUUCAUAAUAAA